CACCGCUAAAAAACUUCCCAGCGCCAUUAAUCCACAAAAUGUCUGCCAAUAAUUAAGCACUCGUCUCUUUUCCUCCUUCUUCUUUUCUUCCGAGUUGGGUUAACAAUUAUUAAUACUUUGCAUCAAUAAUUAAUUAUAAAUACUGAUUAAAUUUAUAUAUUUAAUCAUAUGCUGUGAUUCAGCAUGUAUAUUCAUCAAAUAAUUAUUGAAGGUUUCAAAUCCUACCAAGGACCGACUGCUUUUGAGCCUUUUCAUCCUAAAUACAACGUAGUUGUUGGUAAAAAUGGCUCCGGAAAAAGCAAUUUUUUGAAAGCCAUCCAAUUCGUUCUGUGCGAAGAAUUUCACAAAUUGAACAGCAAACAGUGUCAAGAUUUAUUCCACAAAGGUGUGUCAUCACGUUGUCCAUCAGCAUUCGUUGAAAUAAUUUUCAAUAACACAGACAGAAGAUUACCGAUUAAUACAGACAGAGUUCACCUUCGUCGCAGCAUCAGCCUGAAAAAUGACAAUUAUUUUUUAAACAAAAAACUAGUUUCAAAAAAUGACGUAAAAAAUUUACUCGCAUCAGCCGGAUUAUCUAAAUCAAAUCCUUAUUACAUUGUUCAGCAACGUACAAUAACUAAACUGGUAUUGUCAUCUGAUGCUGUAAGAUUGAAACAGCUUAAGGAAAUUGCUGGUACUAGAGUUUACGAAGCUCGUUGCGAAGAUUCAGCAAAAGAAUUGAAACUUACCGAGCGUAAUUUAGUUCAUUUAAAUGAAGUGUAUGAUAAUUUAACGGAAAGAGUGGAUCUUAAAAACAUGGAGACCAAUGAAGCCAAAGUAUAUCUCCAGUGGGACAAGGAGAGACGUAUAUUGGAGUACGUCAUCAAUGAAAAAGAAUUGAAAGCAACUGAAGGUUUGUUAACAAAAGCUCAAGAUUUGUACUUUGAACAAGACACCGAACAAUUAAAAAUUGAUAAGGAACUGAAACAUGCCCAGCAAAUGAUUUUUGAAUCCAACAAACGUCUAGACAAAGCCACGCAAAAUGUUGCGAGUGCCAGGGAAGGUGCAAAUGACUUGGUGAUCCAGCAGCAAAAGCUUCUGGAAACAAAAACAAAUUUAACUGGAACAAUAUAUUAUUUAAAAACAACAGUUGAGAAGGAUCAGAAAAUCCAAGAAAAUAACAAAAUAAAAUUAAGGGAAUUAGAAAAUUCAAUUAGUGAAUACAUGAAAAAAUUAUCACCAAUAAAAGCUGAGUACGAAUCAGUGAAACGUCGGGAAGAAAAAGUAACACACGAUUUAAUAAUUAAAGAACAAUAUCGCAAAGAAUUGUGCGUUAAAAAACAGCGCAAGCGUGAAUUUGCAAGCAAACAUGAACGUGACGACUGGAUUAAACGUCAGUUAGAAUUACUGGACAAAGACAUCCAAGAAAGAGAUGACCUGAGAGUUAAAUUUGAAAAAGAACUUGAAGAAGAGAAAAUAAAUAGACGUAAUUUGGAUAGUGAGAUUAAAAAUCACAAUAGAAAUAUUAAGGAGCAACAUAAAUUAAUAUGUGAUCAUAAACAUAGAAUAUAUGAGCUGGAAAAAUUAAAAGAUCAGUAUCAAGAAUCACGUAGAGAAUUUUAUCGAGAUAAAGGUGAUUACGAAAAUGAAUUAAUGAUAUUACGCGACAAAUUGAUAAAAAUAGAUCAGAGCUCUAUGAUAAGCAAAGAUAUUGCUGAUGGACGGGACAGUUUGGCCAAAGUCCUUGAUAUUUUGCGGCAAGAACCUGGCAGAAGACAGGAAAUUGACAGCAAUUAUUUCAAUAUGGUAAUUGAUAACUUUACUUGCGACGAAGAUAUUAAUGACGCCGUAGAAGCUACUGCCGGUAAUCGAUUGUUUAAUCAUAUCGUUGCGACUGAUGAAUUCGGUAUAGAAAUUCUUGACCAUAUGAACAGACUCCAGUUACCUGGUGGAGUAACGUUUUUACCUUUGAAUCGUUUGCCUGAUGCUAAAGAGGUUAAAUAUCCAAAGGGAAAUGAGUCAGUGCCUUUGCUUAGUCAGCUGCAUGUUGAUAAACCAAUGGUUAAAAAAGUUUUUCAUCAUAUAUUUGGUAAAACACUUUUGUGUAGAUCUCUAAAAAAUGCCAUCGAUAUCGCACAUGAGCACAAAUUAAACUGCAUUACUAUCGAUGCUGAGCAAGUAUCUUGGAAGGGAGAUCUCGCUUGCGGCACUAGAAGAAACCGCAAGUCGCAUCUUGAAGUCAAAAAAAUACGCGGCAAAAUUAUUGAACAAAUCAAUGAAAUAGACAACAAAUUGAUGACUGUUAGAGAAAAUAUUUCGAAUGUAGACAAUGAUAUUAAUAAGAAUUUAAAUGAACUUUGUAAAGAUAAAAUAAAAUUAGAGAAGGCUGAAAAUUUGGUUGAAAAAUUAAAUGCUGAGAUCGAGAAACUGAAGAGUAAAUUUAAGGAGAUUGAAAAUAAAUGUGAAGUUAAAGAGAAAAUUUUGAAUGAGUUUAACACUGGUUUGGAAGUCAGGCGCGCUAGUAGAGAAAAAUUCGAAAGUGAAUUGAAUGAAAAUUUACUGAGUCAACUUUCUGAAGAAGAUCAGGAACAACUUGACCAAGUAAAUGAUGAAAUUAAAGCUUUGGUUGAAGAAAAAAAUGAAUUAGUUGCCAAACUGGGGAGUUUGAGUCAUGAAAAAAAUCAAAUUGAUAUUUUACUGGAGAAAAGUUUGCGGUGUAAAGAAAAAUUGGAAGUUGACAUCAAAAAAUUGGCGGCAACAAUUGAAGAUAAUUUGUAUGAAUUGAAUUUUUCAAAAAAUAAAGUUGGUAAAAUUACAGAGGAAUUGGAAGCUAUCAGUGAUGAUAUUAAUAAAAAUGAGGAAAUUAUUAGCGCGAUGGAAAUAAAAAGUCAAAUAGUUGAUGAAAUUAAGAAGUGGAAGAGCAGAGAAAAUACGGCUGCAAAAGAAUUACAGAAGAUAUUGAAUGAUUUGAAUCAUUUGAGGAUUAAAAUAAACAGAUAUGAAGAAAAAAUAAUUGAGUGCAAUGAAAAAUUGAAUAAAAUCGGUCCGUUGCCUCGGCACGAUGCUUAUAAAGAAUUUAAAGAAUUUUCAAGCAAAGAAUUGAAUGAUAAAUUGCAGCAGACUAAUAAUAAGCUCAAGGAAUUUAGUCACAUAAAUAUAAAUGCGUUGGAUCAAUAUGUGCUACUCAGCGAACGUAGAGAUGAACUACUUGAAUUUAAAACGAGACUAGCACGUCGUAAUGAAGAUGCGCGGAAACUUAUUGAUGCUAUUAAUCAAUGGAAAUCUGAUGGAAUUCAGUUUACUUUCAGACAGAUGAAUAAAUAUUUUAAGGAAACUUUUAAAAAAUUGGUAACAACUGGUAGCGUGAAGUUGGUUAUUAGAAUAAAUGAUGAAGAUAGAGAUAUUGAAAGUAUUCCACUACGUGCAUUUGAUGUUGAUAAAUUUACUGGAGUUGGUAUCAGAGUAUCAUUUAGUGGAGAAAUUAAUGAUUUUAAGACGAUGAAACAACUUUCUGGGGGACAAAAAUCACUUGUUGCAUUAGCGUUCAUAUUUGCCGCACAGAAAUGCAGCCCGACGACACUUUAUAUUCUUGAUGAAAUUGAUCAUGCGCUUGACCCGACGCACAGAGAAAAUGUUGCCAAGCUCAUUCGAGAAUUAAGUUCUGAAUCACAAUUUAUCACCACAACUUUUAGGCCAGAGCAGGUUCAGUAUGCGGAUAAAUUUUAUGGUGUAAAGUUACACAAUAAAAUAUCAUAUUUGCAGCCUAUCUCUCGAGAAGAUGCUGCUGAUUUUAUUGAAAAUGAUCCCAGUGAAAAUUAACAUAAAAUAUUUUUUACUUUUAUAUUUUUAUCGUAUGUUUUUUUUAUUUUAAUAUUUUUAAAAAAUGUUUAGUUCUUUGUAUGAAUUAUUUGUCUUGUAUUUUUGAACUUUUUACUUUUAUAUUUUUAACGUACAUUUUUAUUUUUAUAUCAAAAUAAUUAUUGGUUUUUUUUUAUUAUAUUUAAA